UCAAAUAAUUGCAAUUCCGAUGUUGUAGAUUUCAUAUCCUUCCUGAAUCGGACUACAUUUAUUGCUUCGGCAGAAGAUCUUCACUCAAACAACCAGCCAAAUAUUUCUACCGUCAUAUGCUGGUAUUUUGUUAGUAUUUUUUCUUUCCGGAGAUACGAGCCUGGUGCACCGGUGAUAGCUAGCUCAGUAUCCAAAUUUUCAAAAUGCUGGCGGGAAUUAUUUCUCGCCGUACCGGGUGCCGCUUAGCUGCUAAGUCGGCCUUGUCGCGGAGCGCGUCUCUGGGCAUUCGCGAUGGCAUUGUGGGAACAGUUGGAAAUACACCGCUCAUUCGGCUCCCAACGUUCAGUGCAGAAUGCGGCUGCGAGAUACUGGCCAAGGCUGAAUUCCUCAACCCCGGCGGCUCUGUGAAAGACCGUGCAGCGCUCUACCUGAUCCAGGACGCCGAGCGCAGAGGUUUGAAGCCAGGCGGUACUGUGGUGGAAGGCACGGCAGGAAACACAGGCAUUGGCCUGGCACAUCUGUGCAAUGCGAUGGGAUACAAGUGUGUCAUAUACAUGCCCAACACGCAGUCCUAUGAGAAGGUGGAGACACUAAAGACACUUGGUGCUGAUGUGCGGCCUGUGCCAGCGGUGCCCUACGACAAUCCAGACAACUACAACCAUCAGGCCAAACGCUUUGCCGAGUCACUCGAUAAUGCUGUCUGGACUGGUCAGUUUGACAACACCGCCAAUCGGCAGGCGCAUUUUGAAACCACCGGACCGGAGAUCUGGGAACAGACAGAGGGCAAAGUCGACGCAGUUGUGUUCGCUACCGGCACUGGAGGCACUUUAGCCGGCGUGGGUAGGUUCUUGAAGACUAAGAAUGAGAAGAUUCAAGUGAUCUUGGCCGACCCCCAGGGGUCUGUGCUGUACAACUGGUUCAAUCAUGGCAAGCUGGAACGUUCCGAAGGAUCAUCGUACACAGAAGGAAUUGGUCAAGGCCGUUUGACGGAUAAUCUCAAGGACAGUCCUGUCGAUCAUGCUAUUCUUGUUAAGGAUGCCGAUGCCGUCAAGGCAACGUUUCAACUCCUACACCAGGAGGGUAUAUUUGUUGGCUUGUCGUCCGGCCUGAAUGUCAGGGGAGCAGUGCAGGCUGCUAAGAUUCUAGGACCCGGUCAUACCAUUGUCACUGCUCUCUGCGAUGUUGGACAGCGCUCCUACAAUCGCAUCUGGAGUUGGAAGUUCCUGGAGGAGAAAGGUCUGUUGUCAGCCGUACCAGAGGAGUACCACGACACAUUACACUGAGUGAAUGAGACACGCUGAUGCCGCCGGUGGGUGAAUCCAUGCUGCUAUUCUCUAGUAGUCUUUUUUUUAAAUUUCUAACUUAUUUUACUCCUUUUGAGAGAUUCCAUGUCGUACAUUAUUAGUCUUACAGUUGAUAACGUUGGUCCACUUACUCAAGGUUAGCAUCUGGGUUUUUUUCUCUCUGCUACAUUCCCUAGACACUUGCUAGCUGCCAAUUUGCAUUGCACUACUGCAGUACAUGGGUAGUGUGCCAAGUCUCCAACCAAUGACUCAAGUUAUUCAUAUUAAUUUUUACCCAUUUUGACACGUCAAGUCCGGUGGACAUGCAUAAUAAGCGAGUAGGGUGCUGCACUGCACGAAAAGUUCGUAUGAGCGUAGUGAUCGUUAUGUAGCUAUUCUAGACAACAUUUCAGAUGUGUCAUUUCGACCAUAUGCAUGCCCCGGCUGCUGAAUGUUGCCAAACGGCAAUUCCGUAAUAAGCGUUUCAGGGAUUUCCAUCUGAGAUCUAUUUCUACCACAUUGUGUACUGCAUGGUAGUAUGUAGGAGAUUGUUGCUAGUACAAAAAUUAUUUACAGGACAGCCUUAUGAGCUCCUAUUUGCCCCCGCCCUUCAUUUUCAACUCCUUUAAUUUCGCUUUGUUUUACUUCUUUUAUAAUAUUAUUAUAAAGUGGAAACAAGAAACUUUGUUGCU